CAAAAUUAUUUAUAAUAUCAACACUUGUAUGAACUCAUUCAGAUUAUGCCGAACCAUAUGUGAGAAGCGGACCAAAUGGUUGAGCCCUAAGUCUAAGAGACAGUUUGAAGCGGGCGUUGGUCUGGAGCGAGGGUUUCGUCACCUAAUCGUCAGUUAUAUUCCGCCAAAAGCACUGAAAAUAAUCAAUUUCUUGGGCUAUCGGGGCGUAAGGGAGACGGCGUUUGUAGAGCUAAACCNGGUUUCGUCACCUAAUCUCGAUAAUAAACUGAAAUCAUUUCCUAACAGCAUUUUGUACAGAGUAGCCAACGCUAAGUUGGUUGAGUUGUCGGGCGAUAUACAGCUGGCCAUCAAUGAGUACGAGAAGAUCAUUGAGGAUUACGACCAAAUGUACCACAGGUUGGCUCACUUUGAACUCAUGUUUUGUCACGCAGUCCGGUGUGAGUGGUAUCACUCCGUCCGAUACGCCGAACUACUCAACAAACACACCGUCCACUCGCCCGCUAUCACCACAUACUUG